AUGAAUGACAAGGAGGUGUUGCCGCUGGCAGAGUGUCGAAUCCUCGUGAAAAGUCCAGCUGAGGAGGUGGUGAAGGACCAUGCUCUCGUCGAUGGAAACAGUGGGGCAUUAGCGCUGCUUCCCAAAGCAACGGGGACCCACAGCAUUUGCGUGCACUGCGCGGCACAGGGCUCUUCGAUCCUGGACUUCGGUCGCGGAAGGAAGUUGCGCUGGUCCAUCGCCUUCGAUGUGCUUGGCGCUUCCAGCAUGGGCCUGCUUCCGGACCCGAAGAACGCAGCCAGCCUUUCCCUGUUGAAAGGCACACAGGCCCAGGUGGACCUGAUCUUGGAAAGGAUAAAUGCCAUCAGCACGGAGAAUGACUACGAGCGCAGCUUCGAGACAAAGUUUGUGAAGACUUCAGAAGCCGUCAACAUGGAUGUUGCAGCCUUCAAGUUUCUGCAGAUUCUGCUCAUUACGGGUGUGGCUGCUUUUCAGAUCCACAACCUGGCCAAGUUCCUGCAAAGGCGGGAAGAACGUUGGGGUACUUUCUGGGAAGUCAGGUCUGCCCACCAUGCGCCUCUUGUGGGAGUAGAGCUACAUCCUUUAUUGCCAGCCCUUGUGGCCAGACGAGUGUGGAGAUGUUUGCAACACAGUCAGAGAGAAGUGAUGGCAAUGGCAUUGCAGCACCCUUCAUGCGGAGGAACAAGUUCUUGGAGUGCUGCCUCCCACUAG